AUGGCAAGCUACUACAGUCGACGAGCGUCCUACGUCGCUUCAUGGGCACCACAACGUAUCUACCCACUCCAGGAACCAUCCUUCGAACCACCGGCGUCGGCCGAUGCUCCUCAGAACCCCGCGGCGCCGCUGUCACCCUCACUAUCACGCGCCAGCGCCACUCGAGCCAACAGCUCCCAGGAUGCCGCGAACGCGGACACGGUUCCCACUUCAGCAACGAGCCUAACUACAGCAACCACAACGAGGGAACCUACCACCCGGCUUCAAGCGCCACCCAUGUACUAUCCCGGUCAGGCCCAGCUUGCUCGAACUCGUGCAGCUGCCGCAGCCGCCACCGGACUGGACCCCGAACUGCACGCCUCGAGCAGCACAAACGUCGCGAGUUCCAUCACCGCAACCAUACCGUGGCAGUCGCACCCGACCGCAACCCACGUGAGACCGAUCAAGAGAUUCCUUCGCGUACCUCUGUGGUGGAGUGGUUUGACCAAGGAGAGUGAGGUCCUGUGGCAAGAAUGGCCCAGAGAGUUUGGAGGGACCAAGAUGUUGCCGAGCUCGAGCACCGACGAUGAGGAACAGAGCGUACAGGGGAGAUUCUCGACGAGCGUCACAAGAUCUUUGUCUCGACGGAGUGGGGCAAGUGCAGCCGACUCGGGCAUCGCAUUGACUCCAAGGCCGACAUUUUCGUCGUCGAGCGAGAUGCCGUUCCAUCAUCCGCUCGAACCGCUCUUCAAGUCGCGCAUCGAGGAGCUCAACGAACUGAUUCCACAACGCCUCGGUCCGAGUCGAGUGUGGCUCGCCGCAUUGGAGAUUAUCAACUGGCUUUGGAUUGUCGCUUUGAUCGUGGCUUUGGCGCAGGGGAAGGGCAAGCAGACAGAAUUUCUUGAGGGCGUUGAGGUGAGCAGCCGUUCGGAAGUCUCUGUCGACCGGGGCUGGGUCGAUUGGUUUGGCUAAAUCACUAUAUCGUGCUCUUUUCAUUACGCAGCUCACCCUCAUCGUGAUCAUUGUGCUCAAUGGAAUAGGCGUGAAUGCUGUGCGGGUGAGCCAAACAGACAUUGUGAACUCGUCCCUUGUUUUGUCCUGGAACUGAUCCAGCACUGUCUGUUUAGAUGCGUCGGUGGGCCUUGGCUCGCGCACUCCGACUUCGAUCCCGUGAUUGGUCACCUCUACCAACGACGACAUCGACAAACGCCCAGCUGCUCAACAAUGCCCAACUGCAAGGUCUGGGCGAGGAACGAGAGGAUGUCCAGAUGACGACGGAACGGACGAGGGGCAAGGAUCAACCGACUUUGAGGUGGAAGAUGAGGGAGACCGAGGUGAGCAACCAGUGUGGUUCAAUUUGGUGUGCGUGUGUGCUCAUUCCAUUUGUAUCGGAAUUUGAGCAGGGCUCCUGGUGGCUUUCGUAUCGUCCCAUCAUCAAAUGUGAACUCGUCAUGCCGUCGGUCACCCAUGCGCGACACCACGUCGCUCCACUUCACCCACUUUCAAUCGACCUGCCAGCUCAUGACACCGCCGAGGCAUCGCGACCACCUCCACCGCUGUCUUCAACGCCUCCUCCACUUCCGUCACCGGUACUUCCAACUCACGCCAUUGCGGAAGAAGACCACUCUCACCAAGGCGAUGCCCCGGCUUACUCAGAGUCCUAA